AUGAAAAUAAACGUAGAACAAGUUUAUACAUCGAUUGCAUGUAAUCGCACACCAGAAAUAGCGGACUGGAAUGGUGAAGGUAACAUUUGUUUUGGAGCUUCAAAUGCUGUUAUUGUUUACGAUACGAAACAGAAAGGCAACAAUCCUAUUACAGUUCUCUGCCAUCACAAGUCGAAGGUAAAUUCAGUAAAAUGGCUACGUAAGCCUGAUGGCACAUGUAAUGAAUUUGUGUCCUGUUCUGCUGAUAAGACUGCUGCAAUAUGGUCUUUGGAAAAAGGAAGUUGGAAGGUCACAAGCAUGAUGACUGGCCAUACUAAUGGCGUAACCUGCAUUCAUGGUGUAUACACAAAAGGAGAUGAUUUGGCAAUUUAUACUGGCUCAAUAGACUGUAGUGUUAAUGUGUGGGAGAGAUGUAAUGGUGUAACAUCGCUUAAACAAACAAUAAAUCUGAAUUCAGGUCUUUGUUUGACACUGCAUGCUCACAUAUUUCCGAAAGUUAACAAACCAGUCCUCUUCUGUGCUCUUGAUGACCACAAAAUACAUUUGUUUGCUGGUGAGGAAUAUCACAGAGUGCAUAUGUUGAUGGGCCAUGAGGAUUGGGUUCGUGGACUUGAUGUUUUGGAUGUUGAUGAAAACUCCGUUCUACUUGCAUCAUCAUCCCAAGAUACCUAUAUUCGCUUGUGGAGGAUCCACAGUAAUGAGAAUGUUGAAUCCACUUCUGACAUCCGAGUGGAACAGAAAGUCUUUCGUGCAUAUGAAAAAGACUGGUUCGUGAAGUUAGACGCAAUACUCGCUGGACACGAGGGUUGGGUUUAUGGAGUUAAUUGGCACCCUAUGAGAUACGACAAAGUUUAUCGGCUUUUGUCAUCGUCUCUUGAUAAAACCCUCAUUAUUUGGGAGCCUGACUCAUCUGAUCUGGGGGAGGGCGCCUGGGUUGAACGUGUACGUGUGGGCGAAGUAGGAGGAAAUGGACUCGGCUUCUAUGGGAGCCGGUUUGGACCGGAUGGAAAAUCUUUCUUGGGACACGGAUACAACGGGUCUUUCCAUAUUUGGAAUCUAAAUGAGGAGACUAAGCGAUGGGAACCGAGGGUGGUAUGUGGUGGUCACUUUGGUGGUGUUGAAGAUGCGAGGUGGGAACCUGAAAACGGUCGCUACUUGCUUAGCGUUGGGCUUGAUCAGACUACCAGACUUCAUGCACCCUGGACGAGAGCUGAUGGAAGUGGAGUGGAGUGGCACGAAAUAGCCCGCCCCCAAGUGCACGGGUACGAUAUGGCGUCGUUAGCACUGGUUAAUUCUUCAACCUUCGCGUCAGCGGCUGAGGAGAAAGUUAUUAGGGUGUUCCAAGCACCUCACAACUUUUUGCAGAACUUCAAUAAUAUUGUGGGAGAGCCGCUGGUUGUGGGAGAUGUGGGGGGUCCUGAAGGAGCAUCCGUGCCUUCGCUAGGCUUGUCUAACAAAGCAGUGUUCAAUGGAGAACAGGGAGACAGUGGAGAGAAUGAUGACAACGAUGGAUACUUCGUUCCUAUACAAUUGAAUGAACCACCAACGGAGGAGACACUGAUGCAGAACACGCUCUGGCCCGAGGUGCACAAACUGUACGGUCACGGGUACGAAGUGUUCGCCCUGGAUGCAAGCCGAGACUGCACGCUUCUCGCGUCCGCCUGCCGGGCUACAGCCGCUGAACAUGCGGCUGUGCUUAUAUGGUUAACCAAGAACUGGCAGCAGAUUCAGAAAUUAGUAUCGCACCAACUGACAGUGACACAGUUGGCCUUUUCGCCUGACAGUCAACAACUCCUGUCAGUUUCGCGCGACCGGAGGUGGUCUCUAUUUCGAAGACAGCAGGGUUCAAAUUCGUUCGAGCUAGCCGCGUGUACAGACAAGACUAACGGUGUUCACACCAGGAUUAUAUGGUGUUGUGCGUGGGCGGAAGAUGGAGCUGUAUUUGGAACUGGCUCCAGAGACGGAAAGGUUUGCAUAUGGUCUAAAACAGAACAGUCAAGUGGAACGUCACUCCAGCAGCAUGGUCUCUUGGGAAAGCCAUUGGAACUUGCCAACACAUCGGUGACGGCAAUUGCUUUCGUGCCCUUCCUUGUAGACACUACACGUGUUCUCGCUACUGGCUUUGAGUCCGGAGUUAUCAGGAUAUACAGCUUCAGUAUUGAAGGAUGGGGCUUGUUGCGUGAAUUGGAUAACAGUGCGGCACAUCAUUUAUCUGUCAAACGGCUGACAUUUAAUCCAAGGUUAUCUUGCAACGGAUCGAACAAGAGGGUGCUACUGGCGAGCAGUGGAAGUGAUAAUCUUAUGAGAAUACACGGCGUUGUUUUAUCGAUAUAG